CAAGCAUCCCUGCUGUGUGAAAACUGGCUUCAUCGUUUCACUCAUGCUUUAUGUUUGUUUAUUGAUAUAACUCCACUAGAGAUUUCAGCGUUUUCUUCCGUUUUUCCAAUACGAAUUUGGUCUUCUCGYUAGCUCUUUGAAUGAGAAAUGAUUUGAAGGCCUUCGUCAAUUUCAAGUUGGUGAUCAAUGAAGGUGUUUGUCCUUCUUAGUUGGUUGUGCAGGAAUUUCAGAAAGAGCCGAGUCCUAACCUUGGUUUCGUUUUGUGCUAUAACAAUCUUCUUAUUUAGUCAAAUAUUACCUUCACCUCCUAGUCCAAACGUCGUCUGGCCAGAAUUUUCCCUGCAUCUGCCUUUUGUUGAGCCAAAUAUUAGUUCGACAGACCCGAAUAUCUAUCUGGCAGUCGUAGUAAAUUCUGCUGCUACAGGGCACAAAUAUCGUGGGCUGAGGAAAGCUAUACGAGAAACAUGGGGAAAUUCGGGAAAUCCAACAACGUUGGAGUACAGGAACAAGACUUGGAAAGUAUAUUUCGUUCUGGGGAUCAGUGAAAACAAAAUCGAACAUGAAAUGAAUCUACAAGAAGCAUUGCGAAACAAUGAUGUAAUCAUUGGGAAUUUCACAGAUAAUUAUAAAAGUUUGAUAUUAAAGACAUUUAUGUCUCACUACUGGAUAACCUCGAAAUUCCCUUCAUGUAGGUAUGUUUUAAAAACAGAUGAUGAUGUUUAUGUUCGAGUUCCAAGGCUUUUACAGUGGCUAGAACGAGCUGGCGCUCCUAACAGGCUUUAUGGAGGAUAUGUCGGCUUGGAUCAGUGGACUGUACGCGACCCAAAGAGCAAAUGGUUUCUUUCGAAAGAACAGUAUGAAAAAAGGUACUUGCCACCGUUUUGUCAUGGAGCUUUUCACGUGCUUUCUACUGAUAUCCUUCCACGAUUUUUCAAUUAUACGAGAUUCGGUCGAAAGCCUUUUCAUGCUGAUGAUGCUUACUUGGGUGUCGUGGCGAAUGAAUUAGGAUUUGAAGCUACAAAGAUGCCUGGUUUUAACCUUCAAUUUCGCAUCAAACCAAGAUCAGCUUGUGAUCUUAUAACUUCUACAACAAUGGGACACAAGAUAGAUGCUCCUACGAUGAUAAAAUACCACAAUUUUUAUACUAAAGAAAUGAAAUUAACAAAGUAUAAACAGCUUAAAUGCUUAGCAUCCAGUCCAGAACUCUUUUCUGUUGCUGCUUUCGCGAUUUUCAGUUUAUUUAUGGAAAGGCUUUUUAGGGCUAUCUUACUAAGUUGAAUAUGCAAAGUAUCGACAAAAACUGAUUACAAUGAAAUACACAAAGGAAACCAAACAAAGAGAUAAAAUUAGAACAAGACAAAUGAAAGCAAAACAGAGCGUACGUUUGUACGUACUUUAUUUCGACUUCACAAGCUUUACUUUCUCUGUAUCUUUUUUUAAAAUUGUGACUCAUAUUCAUAAUCGACAAUGUUUGAGGUUUUUUAAAAUCGUUUAAUUUUA